CUAGCCCAAGUCAAAGGCCCAUCUUAUAAUCGUCCAUCCCUUCUAACUUAGUACGAAGGCCGUAGAAGGUAAAGUGUCAGGUCGUAGAGAGCCAGAAACGCAGAACUCGAACGCAAUUCGAUAGGAAAAUUCCGAGUGCCGGUAGAGACACCGCCGCCACCGCCAGACGCCGCCUACCCUCCAGGAAAGGCGAAAGGCGAUGAGUCUAAUUGCAGGUUCCUACGAGCGGUUCAUAUGGGGAUUCAAACUGAAGCAUCUGAAAGACAGUCAAAGCCUUGACCUAAUUCCCCUCUUUUCCUUCCCUUCCCACCUCUCAACUAUCAAAUGUGCCGAUGUUUGUGGUUCCGCUGCGGUUUCAGGCGGAUCCGACGACACCAUUAAGAUCUAUGACCUCUCUACCUGCUCUGAGAUUGGAUCCCUCCACCAUUCCUCCACCAUUAACUCCCUUGCAUUUGUUACACCCCCUCCUCUCUCAUUCCCUCGCAAUCUCAUCUCCGCGGCAGAUGACGGUACUGUCUCCAUUUAUGACGCUGAUCCAUUUGUUCACCUUAAAACUCUCAAAGUCCACAGAAAAGGUAUCAAUUCCAUUUCUAUCCACCCUUCUGGUCGGUUAGGGUUGUCAGUGGGCCGAGAUGAGUGCUUGGCAAUGAUUAAUUUGGUGAGAGGGAGGAGGAGUUUCUACUGCAGGUUGGGCAAAGAGGCCUCAAUUGUGAAAUUUAGCGAAACUGGAGAAACAUUCUACAUGGUUAUGGAUAAAAAAGUCUCAGUACAUGAAUCUGAGGAUGCUAGAAUAGCCAUGGAGUUUGAUAAUGCCAAACAAGUUCUCUGUGCUACCCCAGGAAAGGGUGGCAUACUAUUUACUGGUGGGGAGGACCAGAACAUUACUGCAUGGGACACAAAAAGUGGAAAGGUCGCAUACAGCAUCAUCAAGGCACAUUCAGCCCGAAUUAAAGGCAUUGUUGUGCUCUCCCACAUUGACAAUUCCUCUGCUGAUGUCGAUCCGUAUUUAGUAGCAUCUGCUUCAUCGGAUGGCAACAUACGUGUUUGGGAUAUUCGCAAUGCAAGCAAGGAGGAAUCAGGUCCAUUGGCUGAGGCCAAUACGAAAUCCAGACUGACUUGUCUUGCUGGAUCAUCCAUCAAAUCUGUACAAAGACCUCAGGUGGGAAAUUCUCCUCCAAAUGAACGGCGGGAAGAAGCAGAGUGAUCUUUUCUUUGAGGUUUUUUUUAAAAAAAAAAUUCUUGGAAAUGGGAUAUGUUUUUUGCCCGCAUUAGAAAGCUUUUCUUGUAGUGAUUAGCUAUUUGUGUGCUUGUGGCCUUCUCUGAUGAAUGAGACUUGAAUGCUUUUACUAAACUGGACUGAGGAGCUUGAGCUUUUAAGCUUAAUUUUUGAGCUUUUCUCCAUUUUAACGAAUCAAAUGAAAAUAUUACUCCGGAGUAUUUGGUUAUGACGCUCGGGCGGAACGUGAGGCUUUGUUGCAGGUUUGGGUGCUGCCGCUUUCUUAUUAGAAGUGCGUGCGGCAUCUUCCUCUUGUUCAGCCACUCCCACAUGUGAUCACACACACACACAUAAUCAAGGACAAAACAAGUAACAGUAUAUGAAGGGUUCAUUCUAGUAUUUGGUUAGAAAAGGUACAUGAUUUUUCCUCUGUUUUAAAAUACUCCGUAGUACGGAGUAUUACUCAAUAUAAAGCUUUUUGAGCAGAUGAUAUGCAGAUAAAAUAAACAAAACACUUGAAGGAUAUCGAUAUUCUCUGCUGUUCCACCAGCCAUGAUAUUCUGCAAAUCUUUCUCAACACGCCUCACAAGCUCCGGCUUCAAAAGCCAUUCACAUGUCAAUAAUGAGAAUGACAUUCAUCCAAUUCAAUAAUGCCCAACUCUUCAAUCUACUAGGACCCAAUGGGAUGUGCAUAUGCUCUUCUUCUACUUCUCUUUUCGUUAAAUGUAUAAAUGAUGAGAACGCUUACAAAAAUAACAUAACUCACAUUUAGAUCUGGUUCCCUGCGAAACCUUCGCCU